UGUGAUUUAAAAGGCGGGAAAUAUUCCCGCCAAAGUUGUGCCGCUCUACACGAAGUGACGACUGAAGACUGUUGCUGCUAUUAACGCACACCAAUGUCUUCUCCGGCAAGAUCUACGCGGAGCACUCGCAGUUCAAGCAGGGAGCCGCGAACACCAUCAAGGAGAACAUCAAGAAGUGCCCAUAAUACCCCUUCAAGGAGUGCACGCAACACUCCAUCCAGGAGGUCCCGCGACGAUGCCCGGAGUCCUAGCAGUAGACGCGGGGAGGCGUCAACAUCUGAAUUGGCUCCUCUGCCUUCAUCACCUCUUGAUGGUCCUAAUGAGAUUCCACCAUCCAGUCCAUACCCUAGAAACUUGACAGUGUUCAAUGAGCUCGACCUCAGCUCUCCGCUGCAUUAUGGAACACCUAGCUCUGCCAACACAGGGACACCACGAUCAAACAUUCGUGGAACUCCAAUACGUCAUCGGUCGGACAUCCGUAAUGAUCGUAGAAUGCGCCAGGUUACAAUUGGCAACAGUGAUGGGGAAGUGAUGGAUGCAACAACAACAGCUCCUGCUGUAGGAACCAGCGAUUCCGGCGCUGGACCUCAGCUAGUGAUCUGGGGCACCGAUGUGGUUGUCAGUCACUGCAAAGACCGCUUCAAACAGUUCCUGCGUACCUUCGUAGAAUCUGAUGUAGAAUCAGACGAACGCAUGGAUGGCAUUGACUUAGAGCAGCCUUUGUACUUGCAAAAGCUAGAGGAGGUGUAUACUCUGGAAGAGCCAUUCCUCAACGUUAACUGCGCUCACAUUCGCCACUUUGAUGCUGAUCUCUACCGUCAGCUGAAAUGCUACCCACAGGAAGUCAUCCCAACUUUUGACAUGGCUGCCAACGAAAUGUUUUUUGAGAAGUUCCCUGAUGCCCAGUUGCCACAUCAGAUUCAAGUUCGACCCUUCAAUGCUGAGAAGACUCAGAACAUGAGAUCACUGAACCCAGAGGAUAUCGAUCAGCUGGUAACUAUCUGUGGAAUGGUAAUCCGGACAUCCAACGUAAUUCCCGAGAUGCGUGAGGCUUUCUUUCGCUGCUCAGUGUGCUCCUUUACCCAAACCGUGGAGAUGGAUCGGGGUCGGAUUGCCGAGCCAGUUACUUGUCGUCACUGUUCUACAAAGCACUCAUCUGCUCUUGUGCACAACCGUUCCCAAUUCUCUGACAAACAAAUGAUGAAGCUGCAAGAGGCACCAGAGGACAUGCCAGCUGGUCAGACACCUCACACUGUUGUAAUUUAUGCUCACAAUGACCUCGUUGAUGCUGUACAACCUGGAGAUCGUAUCACCAUAACCGGAAUAUAUCGUGCAUCAGCUGUUCGAGUCAACCCACGCCAACGCAAUGUUAGAGCAGUCUACAAGACUCAUAUUGAUGCUGUUCAUUUCCGUAAACUGGAUACAAAGAGGCUUCAUGAAGAAUCGGAAGAUGCUAAAGACUGUCACUUCACGCCUGAAAGGAUUGAAGAGCUGAAGCGACUGUCAACAUUGCCAGAUAUUUAUGAGCGUCUGGCUCAUGCUUUAGCUCCUAGCAUCUAUGAGAAUGAAGACAUCAAGAAGGGCAUCUUGCUUCAGCUAUUUGGUGGCACCAGAAAAGAAUUCAACAACACAGGACGGGGCAAAUUUAGGGCAGAGAUAAACAUCCUGUUGUGUGGAGAUCCUGGUACAAGCAAGUCCCAGUUACUCCAGUAUGUCCACAAUCUGGUUCCCAGGGGGCAGUACACCUCUGGCAAGGGCUCAAGUGCUGUUGGUCUCACAGCUUACAUUACCAAGGACCCAGAGACCAGGCAACUCGUCUUGCAGACUGGUGCACUUGUAUUGAGUGACAAUGGCAUCUGCUGUAUUGAUGAGUUUGAUAAAAUGAGUGACUCAACGCGUUCUAUUUUGCAUGAAGUCAUGGAACAGCAAACUCUCUCGAUUGCCAAGGCAGGUAUUAUCUGCCAGCUGAAUGCUAGAACUUCCAUAUUAGCUGCAGCCAAUCCAGUUGAGUCACAGUGGAAUACCAACAAAACCAUCAUUGAAAACAUCCAACUGCCACACACACUGCUCUCCAGAUUUGAUCUCAUUUUCUUAAUGCUCGAUCCUCAAGAUGAAACUUAUGAUCGGAGGUUGGCCCGUCAUCUUGUCUCCCUGUACUACCGAAAUGAGAAAGAAAUGGAAGAGGAACAGCUGGAGUUGGGUCUGAUGAAGGACUAUAUUGCCUAUGCUAGGACAUACGUGCACCCGCAAAUGAACGAAGAGGCAGGGCAAGCUUUGAUCCAAGCCUACGUAGAUAUGCGACGCAUGGGCAGUGGGAAAGGACAAGUUUCUGCAUUCCCACGUCAGCUAGAGUCCCUCAUCCGAUUGUCAGAGGCUCAUGCCAAAGUUAGACUCUCCAGUGUUGUUGAGAUGGUUGAUGUGGAGGAAGCUAAGAGGCUUCACAGAGAAGCUCUCAAGCAGUCCGCGACAGAUCCUGCAUCAGGAAAGAUUGAUAUCUCCAUCCUGACAACUGGCAUGAGUGCCAGUUCACGCAGGAGGAGGGCUGAAAUAACGCAGGCUCUCAGAAAAAUGCUAGGAGCUCGUGGAAAGGCACAGCAGAGCUUUGCCUACCAAAAGGUUUUCUCUGACCUCAAGGAGCAGUCAGAUGCUAUGAUUACCCGAGACAUGUUUGAAGAUGCCCUCAAAGACCUACAAGAUGACGGAUUCCUUGUCAUUGUUGGCAGGAGCUCCAUUCGGUUGUGUUCCUAGCUGCUUCAACUUUUGCUCUGUUUGUGCACUUGCUACUGCUUUAUUCCUUUGCCACCGCUACAUCUUUUUUAGUACUUGUUUACUGUUGUUUCAUGGAAAAAAAAAUUUAAUUCACUGUCGUGUCUUUGUUGAAUAUUGUAUAAAGUAUUUUUACGUUUGUCAUAAAUAAAUCAUGGUGUGGAAUCAUACAGUCUAUAUCCACUAUACAACAAAAAGGCCUUGUAGUAUCCGGUCUGUAUUCAGAAACUACUCAAGGGGACUUUUGAGCAGUUUCUCAAUAUACGCAUGGUACUACUAAAAAUGAUUGAGCCUAUUUUGUAUGGCGUCAAAUGAACCCAUGGUAGAGGACCGAGGGGACGAUCAAAUGAACGCAGUGAAAUGUUUUUCCCGGCUGCCUUGUUGUUGCUUUUUUUUUUUUUUUUUCAAGCCUAAGGCUUGAAAAAACCUCAUCAACCAUGUGUGGUAUCUGUGUCAGUAUUCUUCAAAUUAAUCUGACUUGUGCCUUCCAUUCACUGUGUGACUGUCAAUUCACUGUGUGACUGUCAAUUCACUGUGUGACUGUCACUUACAUGAUGGUUAUACAUCUUUCCCAGGUCUGCAACCUCUUUUGAAGGUGUAUUGCAUCAUACGGUCUGAUUACGGUUUUUCUUGUAUAGAAAUUUACAAAAUAAAAAGUACUUUUCCUCUCAAA